AUAAUUUCCUACGUCGCACACGAACAAGAUUUGGUUGCAUAUUUAUGUUUAAUUACCCGUGGUUCGUGCAGCAGAAAUCCAUGGUGAGGAGGUAUGGAUGGUAUGGAUUGGUGCGGUGGGUUUACGGUGUUGCCUAAGGAAGCAGGGCGAGGCGCGAAACGGGCGAUAAUACUACAUAUUCACGCGAACUAGAAGAAGAAAAUGAUAGUGGUGAAGGGGAAGGGAAAGUCAAGACAAAGUUAUUGUCAAUGUGGAAUAAUAUGAAAUACGGAUGGACAGUGAAAUUGAAAACCAAUUUCUCCAAGGAUUCACCAGUAUGGCUACUAGGCAGAUGUUAUCAUCGAAAAAUGAUUGUAGACCCUUCAUCAGAGUCAGAUUUGGGAAUUGAAGGAGAAGGAAUUGAAGGUUUCAAAACUGAUUUUAUCAGCCGUGUGUGGCUUACGUAUAGAAGGGAAUUUCCAAUUCUUAAUGGUUCCAAUUUCACCACUGAUUGUGGCUGGGGUUGCAUGCUCCGCAGUGGGCAGAUGCUCUUGGCCCAAGGACUUGUCUGUCACAUGUUAGGACGAGGUUGGAAAUGGUAUGAUCAGAGACCUACAUCAGCCAGGCUGUACAAUGAAGAUGUAUGUCAUCGAAAAAUUAUCAGAUGGUUUGGAGAUAAUCCAUCAUGGAAUAGUCCAUUUUCAAUACAUAUGUUAGUCACACUUGGAGAGGCAACAGGGAAAAAGGCUGGUGAUUGGUAUGGACCAGGAUCUGUUUCUCAUUUGCUCAGGCAAGCUGUAGAACUGGCUGCAAGGGAUAACAAAGAAUUUGAGCAUCUGUGUGUUUAUGUGGCUCAGGAUUGUGCAGUUUACAUUCAAGAUAUUGUGGACCUUUGUGAUGUUUCCCAAUCAAAGCAACAUGUUUCAACUCAUUCAUUACAUUCCACACCUUCAUGGAGGGCUCUUAUCCUACUUGUACCUGUUAGGCUUGGUGCUGAAAAGAUGAAUUCUGCUUAUGGCCCAUGUCUAACAGCUUUACUCACUUUGGAAAACUGCAUUGGAAUUAUUGGUGGUCGGCCAAAACAUUCACUUUAUUUUGUUGGUUUUCAAGAUGACAAACUCAUCCACCUAGAUCCUCAUUAUUGCCAAGAAGUGGUUGAUGUAUGGCAACCAAAUUUCCCUCUCACAAGCUUUCACUGCAGAUCCCCACGGAAGAUGAAUCUUUCUAGGCUUGACCCAUCGUGUUGCAUUGGCUUCUAUUGUAGAACUCGAGAUGACUUCUAUAAGUUUAUGAAGAAUGUUCAGCCCUUUCUGGUGCCAUGUCAUGAGAAAGUAGCGUAUCCCAUGUUUGUAUUUUGUGAAGGACGAAGCAGAGAUGUGAUGAGGAUCAACAAAUUUAGUAUUUCUGAUGAUACUGUUAGAUUCAGUGAUAUGAAUGGUGACACUGAUGAUGAAUUGGAAUGUGAAGAAUUUGAAAUUCUUUGAAGAAGGAAUGGGUUUCCCUCUGACAUUAAUUUAAAACCACCAGAAGCAUUUAUUUUGAUAACUGCUGUUGUCAUCAUUACCACCGCCAUCAUGUUUUUGGGGGCAAAGCAAGAAAUCAUGUAACAGUAUUAGAUUCACUUACAUAUUAUGACCCAUUGUAACUUUAUAUUAAAAGAAGUCAAAGGAAUAUCCUGGUCGUGAAUGUCUGUUUCUUUCCGUUACCACUGUCAACAUGCAUGCUUACCAAGACUUUCUGCAGCAAGAACUUUUCACCAGGAGUAGUUGCUUGGAAUGUGUCUUAUUGAAAUGUGAUUGCAGGUCUCUUCAUUAAAUACUCAUUUUAACACUUAAAACAGGUAGCCCCAGUGAAACUUCAUU